CUUGGCAGCGGGACGUUCGGCAGCACGUACCGUAUGCGCAAGAAGGACGGUAUCGACGAGCUGCGGUACGCGGUUAAGUUCAUAGACGACAGAGACUCGGAGUUGCCGCAGUCGAAGCUGGCGAUGGAGGCGCGGCUGCUGGCAAAGCUCGACCACCCCCACACGGUGCGCUACUUCGACUCCUUCUGGCACACGGUCAAGGCGCGUGACGAGGACGAGGAGGACAAGUCGCAGUUUAUCAUCGUCAUGGAGCUGCUUUCGGGGGGCUCGCUGGAGCUGAAGAUUAUCACGCCACCGCAGCCGCCGAGCGCAGCGGCCACGUGGGUGCAGCAGGUUGCCUCAGGCCUCGCGUACAUGCACUCGCUCAACCUGCAGCACCGCGACCUCAAGCCGGCCAACGUGAUGCUCGACUCGACGGGCCGCGCAAAGAUCAUCGACUUUGGGCUCGCGUGCGUCUCUUCCGCCUCGCGGUCGCGCACCAAGACCAAGGUGGGCACGAACGCAUACAUGUCGCCGGAGAAGAUCGCGGAGAAGCGGUACGGGCCGGCUGACGACGUGUGGGCCGUCGGCUGCAUCCUCGCCGAGCUUCUGCUUGGCCGC